AUGCGCUUUUUAAGUCGGGUACUUCUGGCGGUCUGCCUAGUAGCUCCUAUGACACUCGCGCUGUCCGAGCCAGCAACCAGAUUCUACAAGCAAUUAUCCGUAUUAAAAGAAAAGCUCGAGAAAAACCGAAAAGCGAUCGAUCAAUACAAUGGAGGUAUCAUAGCGACUGGUCCACUGGGGACGUCAGCCUACGAAUUAUGGUCUGCGUUUAGGAUUGGAAACGUUCAGCUGCACGAGGCCACUGCAAAUUCCACAAUCUGCCCCCCGGAGGAGCGUGAGGACAUUAUGAAAGCCAUUUACGAUUUUGGCUUUGAUGGAGUUCAGACAAUGGAUGUUUACAAGAAAAAGCAAUCGGUACUCAGAGACUCCCGAAUGGGCUUCGUUACGCCCAUAUUUUUGGAUGCUAUAUUACGCGAAAUUGAAGAAGCUGAAUCUUACUCGCGUUAUCUGCUGGGGAACCAAUAUGACGAUCAGAUUACUCGGAAUUACGGACUUUUUCGCGAAGCAUGGGGCUCCGUUUUUGACGCAUAUACGACGGGCUUGAAGCCUGAGUUGGGAUUUGCACAGGAUUAUAUGGGAUUUAUGACGGCGGUGCAACCAGUCCUUGGCCUACUUUUUUAG